CUUCACACCUGUCCCCCCACGGCUAGAGGAGGGAGGGGGCAUGCCUUGCCAUACACUCAGCCCCCCCUCCCCAGUCAGGACUGGCCCCAGGCCUGAGAACAAUAGGUAUCAUAUGCCUCCAUCUGAUUCACUGCAGCCUCUUUGUUUGCGUUCCAGCAGUGAUAGCAUUGCCUCAAAGCCAAAACCAUUUGUGUCCAUGUGCGGGGAGGAACAGUGUAGUAAACCAUAAUUUGUCUUUCUUUUAAAAUAUUGUUUGUAUAAACAUCACAGAACAGUAUAUAACACGGGGAAACAACCAGCAUCAAAUUGUAAGGGAUUCAUUUGCCAGGUUAAGACCGAAGUGACAUUAGUAGGGGAGACGGACCCCUCUCUCUCUUGUAUUGGUUUAGUCCAGCUAUGCAGUAAUCUCCGCUGCCCAGGAACACAAGGAUGAGCUGCAGGACUCGGGUGCUGGAGGCAAGCGGCAAACCCUGGGUCUCUGUGCAACCUCACGUGACAUAGCCUUGGUGGCCCAGAAUGAUGCCAGUGUAGAAGAAAAGCAGCGCUACUGUCCUGGACCUUAGUCGAUCAGAUUAGCUUGAAAAUCAAGGGGCCUGACAAUAAUUGAGCUCUGACUAUGCCUGAGAGUUGAGGUUUCUGUCCAAGCAGUCUUGUGACACAGUAUCAAGAGGAUAUGACAACAGUUUUUUUGUUAGCUGGCUACAGAUGAGCUUUGUAGAUCUUGAUACAGACUCCAAGUGGCACCAACUCUGAGAAUAAUGCCAUCCUUGCCUAAUGAGUCCGAUCACCAAGCAACAUGCAGCCUUUCCCUGCACUCCGAUUUGCCUUAUCAGCCUUCUAGUUCUAUUAAGAGAAAAGUCAGAAGAAAGAAGAAAAAUGGAGCAAUUACUGCUAACGUCGUGGGCACCAAGUAUGAAAUUGUUCGUUUAGUGAUUGAAGAAAUGAUGUUUACUAAGGCUCGGGACGACGAUGAGACGGCAAAUCUUAUCUGGAUUGAUUGUGCUGUUCAACAUGAGAAAAUUGCAGAGCUCAGGAAUUAUCAAAGAAUAAAUCAUUUUCCAGGAAUGGGUGAAAUAUGCAGAAAGGAUUAUCUUGCAAGAAACAUGACCAAAAUGAUCAAGUGUCAACCUCAUGACUAUAACUUUAUUCCACGAACCUGGAUAUUUCCUGCUGAAUACACCCAGUUCCAAACAUAUAUUAAAGAACUAAAGAAGAAAAGAAGGCAGAAAACUUUCAUAAUCAAGCCUGCUAAUGGAGCAAUGGGACAUGGAAUAUCCCUAACCAGAAAUGGAGAAAAAGUUCAAGCUCAGGAUCACUUAAUUGUACAGGAAUAUCUUGAGAAACCCUUUCUCCUUGAAAGCUACAAGUUUGAUUUACGGAUUUACAUUCUCGUUACCUCCUGCGACCCUCUGAGAAUAUUUUUAUACAAUGAUGGACUUGUUCGAAUGGGCACAGAGAAGUAUCAUUCUCCCUCUGAAUCAAAUCUGAGCCAGUUGUACAUGCAUCUGACAAACUAUUCCGUUAACAAACACAAUGAAAACUUUGAACGAGACGAAACGGAGAAUCGAGGCAGCAAGCGAUCCAUCAAAUGGUUUACAGAAUUCUUACGAGCCAAUGAUUAUGACAUCAGCAAAUUUUGGAAUGAUAUUUCGGACCUGGUUGUAAAGACGCUGAUAGUUGCAGAGCCUCAUGUUCUUCAUGCGUAUCGCAUGUGUCGACCUGGGCAGCACCCUACCAGUGAGAGCGUCUGCUUUGAAGUCCUAGGAUUUGACAUCAUUUUGGACAGAAAACUAAAGCCAUGGCUUCUUGAGAUCAAUCGAGCACCAAGCUUUGGAACAGACCAGAAGAUUGACCAUGAUGUUAAAAAGGGCGUUUUACUAAAUGCAUUAAAGCUUCUCAACAUCAGAGCAAGUGAUAAAAAGAAAAACUUGGCCAAACAGAAGGCUGAAGCCCAGAAAAGACUUUAUGGUCAGGGCUCCAUGAAGAGGCUGUCGCCAGCAUCUUCUGACUGGGAGAAACAACGCCAUACACUGGAGAGAAGGAAAGAAGAACUUAAAGAAAGGCUUGCACAAGUACGGAAACAAAUCUCUAGGGAAGAGUAUGAAAACAGACACUUGGGGAAUUACAGGCGCAUUUACCCACCUGAGGAUAAGCUGUUAUUAGAAAAAUAUGAAGGUCUGCUAGCCACUGCCUUCCAGACAUUCCUUGCUGGCAGAGCUGCCUCCCUCCAGCGAGAGAUGAAUAAUCCUUUGAAAAGAAUGAAGGAAGAAGAUAUUUUAGAUCUGCUGGAGCAGUGCGAGUUAGAUGACGAGAAACUAUCAGGAAAACCUACACGGCCAAAGGAGCCAAGGACACUUUCAUCCAUGCCAGAAAGUACACAGACCUUGAAGAAACUAAAGAAUUACAGCAGCCACAGCAGCAGCAACAGCAGCACUGACAGCAGCUCUGACACAGAGGAGGAGGAUGAAAAAGAGAGGAAAGAGAAAAAAGUUUCAUAUGAUCUUGAAGAACAUAAGUACAAAUCACUGGAAAGGUCUAGUAGAAUACACUGGAAGCCUCCUCUUCAAGCAGCUAGACCAUUUUCCAACUCAUCUUCUCCCUCAUCUUCUGCUCCUAUGAGACGCUCUGUUAGCUGCCCGCGUUCUAUAACCGCUUUAAAUACACAGUCUCCAACUACUGACCAUCGACUCUUUUCCUCAAGAAUAUCUUCAACUAUCCCAAGACCUUUGUCAGGCAGCAGAACAAACUCUUUAAAUCGCAGCUCUUCAUCAAAUCGAGUGCCUCAGUCCAAUACUUCUGGCAGUGUCUAUCCCUCCAUACAGUCUAGGUUAGAUCAUUUAACAAAGGAGCAGGAAGAGGAACUCACAAAGCAGACCUUAUAUGCUCUCCGAGACAUGAGAAUUAGGAUUCCAGGAAAAGGAGUAGAAGAAAUAACACGUUCUCAUACAGAUGAAAUAAUGGAUAACUGGACAUGGCACAAAUCAAAGGUUGCUUCCUAUUGGUUAAUAAAACUGGAUUCUGUAAAGCAACGGAAGGUUUUGGAUAUUGUCAGAACAAACAUUCGAUCGGUUCUCCAGCGCAUCUGGAAAGUAUCUGACGUGGAAUGUUUGCACAUAUAUCGUAGUUUCAAUCGUGUCUUUAACCGUCUGCUAUGGAAUCACGGCCAAGGCCUGUGGAGCUGUUUCUCUAAUUCAGGUACCUCCUGGGAGACCAUAUUCUGCAAAAGCACAGAGGUUGUGACUCCACAGCAGUUCCAGUGCUGCCAACGACUAGUUCAGCUUUGCAAAGACUGCCUGCUAACAGUUUACAUGUAUGCAACAGAUUCGAGAGCAUCAGUGCCAGGCAUUAGCCCAGACUGGGAAAACUCAAGGUAUUUAUUUCCUGUAGUGCCACAAUUCACCAUGAAAUCUUCCUCUUCCGGUGUGAGCUGCAGCUCGUCCAGAUUGCCUCGCUCCAGCAUUUUGUUUAACCCUCGACACAACCACUACUGAAUAAAAAAAAUCAAAGAGUCUUCCGGUGUGAGCUGCAGCUCGUCCAGAUUGCCUCGCUCCAGCAUUUUGUUUAACCCUCGACACAACCACUACUGAAUAAAAAAAAUCAAAGAGAAGACCAUUUUGUAUUUUGCAAAUAAUGGCAUUAAAGUUUAUUGUAAAGGGGAUCUACAGUUACAAGAAAAGUGCAAUGAUCUUGCCACUGCGGAGCUGAAAAAGUGACUUUGCAAUCCACUUAAUUGUUUAGUGGUUUUAAAAUGCAAUAGGUCGAUCUCUUUUGUAGUAAAACAAGAGCUGCUGCUUCAAUCCAUAGACCCUCCUCUCUAUUGGGCAGACAAAAGCCAAUAAGUAAUGUGACAAAAAUGUACUAUCAUUCCCAUUGGCUGCCACUCCACUCAGCAGACAGAAGUGCUUCCAUGUCUCUAGCAAGAGGAUUGGGGUCUCUUUUUUUGUUUCAAGCCAACAAAAGAGAAAAGGCUAUAUUUUAAAACUGACCUAGAUAAAGACAUGAAAAUAUAGUAGCGAAGUAAACACAUUUUGUUUCCAACUUCUAAUGUCCUUUAACUCUUACCAUACAUGGUGCUAAGCACAGCUAUUAUAUGGCACUGAUAGACACUCCCUGAAUACUAGAGAUGUUCAACAUUGUUCGUCCAUGUUUAUUGGAUAUGUCGUUGUCUUGAUCGAAAAUAGGCUAUAGAAAAUCUUUUUCUGUUAUUUAUUUGCAUAGCAUACAGUGUAUUAUGCCUCCCACCAGUUAGAAUGUUAUUUUAUGUUGCUUGUAUAUCAAACAAUAGUAUUUAUUACAUAAGUAGAGUUUUAUAAGAAUAAAAAAAAAAAUUAUCUUAGACAUUUUGUAAGCCUGACAUAGAAAAAUAGGCAUAAUAAAAGCAGAAAGCAUAAUUAUCUACGAAGUAGGAUUUGAAAAGACGACAAGCAUUGCUUAAAAAAAAUUGAAUUGAGAGUUAAACUGUAUAAUUAUUCAUUCAUGUGAGUUGGUCAUGUUUUUCAAUGCCACAAUUCAUCCAAGAAUAUGCAGCCCAGUGGGUCCAGUAAUAUCUAAGAACAAUGUUACAGUGUACUGUAAUAUUGAAAAGAAUAUGUCUUUCAAGUGCAUUCAAGGAGUUAUUUCCAGAUCACCUUGAGCUAAAUAUAAUAGUGAUAUACUCACAGGCAUAUGAAUUUUAUAUAAUAUUUUCGUUUAAUACCUUUUCAUUUUUCCUAAUAUACUACAAAUAAAUAUUGAUCGAGUAGACUGGAAGGUCGGAUCGGAUCUGCCCAAUCUGGCCCAGCUCAUGGGUGGGCGAAUCACAUCCAGACCCAGAACCUUCACAUGAAUAGAUCUAGCUCUGUAUGGGCAGUUUAAGGCAGAUAUCUGAGUCAGUAACAUUUUAGAUACCAUGGUACACACAAAUAGGAUACACUUUAGAGUCUGGUGUAAUGGAGAAAAAGAUUAUUACUUUAGCAGUAAAUGAUUUUACUUUAGCAGUAAAUACAGGGCUUGCAUACCCAAUUCUUUUCUCUGGGGUUGCCAUUGCUCAUUUUAGCACACAAGUGCAAAUCUCUAAAAUCGAUGCAAUGAUACUUGUGUCUAUACAUGCUCCUGUACUACUUAUGCCUACUUUGAUGAAUUGAAUGCACUUGUGCAUAUUAAUGCGAGGGAGCCCUGGCUUUACCUACAUUACCUGCCUAUUCUAUGCUUCCUUUAGCGGGUUUCGUCACUAACUGCAACUGAUUUGUGCCAAGUCAAUUUGACGCGAAUGCCAUUGACACACCAGAAGUGACUCUAUUCUCUCACAAAUGCAGAAAAAAUGCGGUGCAACUUUUAUCAAUAUUGGUGCAAAUUUUUAUCUAUAUUAAUGCAUAAUGCUCAUAUUGUGGUGGAUACUACUUAGCUGGCAUCUGUUAAGCUUAGAAAACAUUGUAUUGCAAGAAUUUUAAAAAAAAAGUUUAUUUGUGUUUGUCUUUUGCACUUUGCUCAUUAUACUGCACACUUCUCCUGUCAUUAUGCAGACUCUUCCAUGGCAGGCAACGGUGCAUAGUAUUUACAGCCUGGUGCGGUUCUUUUGCACUUCAUACUGGAGGGGCAAAGAGUUGCAUCAGACAUGGGAAUAAAGAAGACAGGAAAAGUGUUUUGCUGAAAGAACAAUUGCUCUUUGCACCUUGACUAUUCAUAAACAAGGCCAACUCUAGCUUUAUCGUUUCUAAAAGAAUCAAAGAUCAUAAAAGUCUAAUAUGGUUAUUUUUAAUUCAGUAAUUGUUAUUACAGGGCGUUAAUUAUGCCACAAGUUAUUAUAGGAGGUAACUGGCUUUGGUGGUGAGAAUGGAAACACGUACUUAUUUCAUUGCAUUUUGGACUCAAUACAGAAUAUUUAAAUUAGAUGUUGUUGGCCUGGCAGAUUUAUAACGCAUGUUGGGACACAAAGAAAUGCCAGUAACUAAGAACAAACACAUUUCCCAGCAAAGCCUUGAACAAUUUAAUUAUUUGCAAUUUUAUUCAUUUAGAUCAUUAUAGUUGCUUUAUAAUUAUUUAAUCAAAGAAAGUUCCUUUAUUUACGGUGACGUGUGUGCAUUGCCCUAAAAAGGGCCAAACACUGCAGAGAAGAGUUAAAAUCAGGGAUAUCAAACUAUUACUCAGUGUGCCGGCAACUACAAUUCCCACCAUCCCUCAAGAGCCAAAGGAUGGGAGUUGUAGUGCACAGCAGUGAAAAUGUUACUUUUCUGUAUUAAAUGAUAUAUCGGCUUUGUUAAUAUUUCUUUCUGAUGAGUUUUGUCCUUUUUUAAUGUACAUAUUCAUUUAGCUAAAAAGAUAUUAAAAUAUUUAGUAAAUGCUC